AUGGACGUUGAUGACGAUAUGCCCCCGGAGCUGGUCGAAACUGGCCAGGGUGGGGAUGAAGGCGACGAGCCCGUAGAAAAGCCAGUCAAAGUGCCCAUUACCAUUGUCACAGGAUAUCUGGGCGCGGGAAAAACCACUUUAUUGAACUACAUCCUGACGGCUCAACAUGGCAAGAAGAUUGCCGUCAUCAUGAAUGAGUUCGGUGACUCUCUGGACAUUGAGAAAUCACUCACGGUGAACAAGGGCGACGAGCAAGUCGAAGAAUGGCUAGAGGUAGGCAACGGCUGCAUCUGCUGUUCCGUCAAGGACACGGGUGUCAAUGCGAUUGAGUCUCUCAUGGAGAAGAAAGGCGCCUUCGACUAUAUUCUCCUCGAGACGACAGGCCUGGCAGACCCUGGCAACCUAGCCCCUCUGUUCUGGGUUGACGACGGCCUGGGGAGCACCAUCUAUCUGGAUGGCAUUGUCACUCUGGUAGAUGCCAAGAACAUCCUGCGCAGCCUGGAUGACCCCGCUGGCAAGGUCGAAGGACAUGACGACCACGGCCACGGGCCGCUCAUGACGACAGCCCACGUCCAGAUCUCGCAUGCCGACGUCGUUGUUAUCAACAAGUCGGACCUGGUGGACGCCGCCCAGCUGGACCAGGUAAAAGCCCGCAUACAGGCGAUCAACGGCCUGGCCAAGCUUCACAUCACGACGCAGAGCGCCGUGCCGGACCUGGAGGGGUUCUUGCUAGAUUUACACGCCUACGACCAAGUAGACAAGCUGGACACGGCCGGGAAGGGCCACAGCCACCUCGACCCGACCAUCUCGACGGUGGCCAUCGACGUCCCGCUGCUGGAACCAGGGCAACUCGCCAAGGUGGACGGCUGGCUACGGGCUGUCCUGUGGGAGAGUGAGGUGCCUGGUGUCGACACGAAGGAAGACGAAGCAGUAGAGGUUCACCGGUCCAAGGCGCGGCUGGCCUUUACGAACGGCGACAUCAAGAUGGUGCAGGGGGUUCGUGAGGUGUUUGAAGUGUUUGAUGCGCCGAAUGGGUCGGCCGGAGAAGGCGGGAGUUCACGGUCAGGGAAAAUCGUGCUCAUUGGGAGGCAGCUGCGUGAGGCCGAGUUGCAGCGCAGCUUUCUGGCGACGAUACAGGCAUAG